AUGUCCUCUACUAACGAAGAGGACCCGUUCCUCCAAGUCCAGGCCGACGUCCUCCAACAGCUCUCCCACACUCGCCCGCUCUUCACAUCCUUUCUCCGAAUCCGCUCCAUAUCCACAUCCGCCACGAACCCCGAGCUCGUUUCUGCUCGCGGCGAACUCGAAACCAAUCUCUCCACCAUCGCAGAUGACCUCGCGGACCUCGUCGCCUCGGUGCAGGCCGUGCAAUCGGACCCCUACAAAUAUGGCCUAGAUAUCGAUGAAGUCAGUCGUCGGAGGAGAUUAGUAGACGAGGUGGCCGGGGAGCUAGAGGAUAUGAAAGAUGAAGUCGCAGAGAGCCGCGCAGGUAAUGCGAAUGGACAGCGGAGAAGCAAUGGGAUGGCCGAAGAUGCUAGAGAAGACGAAGCCGGCGGAGAUAAUUAUGCCGAAUUUGAACAGCAGCAACAGUUACAUAUGAUGGCCGAACAAGACCAACAGCUUGAUGGCGUCUCGCGCACCGUGGGCAACCUGCGGCAACAGGCGAGUGAUAUGGGGAGGGAAUUAGAAGAACAGGCCGAGAUGCUGGACACCGUAGAUGGAUUGGCCGAUCGAGUAGGGGGCAGGUUGCAGACUGGCAUGAAGAAGAUGGGCACGGUCAUUAGGAGAAACGAGGAUGGACUAAGUAGUUGUUGCAUCGGGGUCCUUAUCUUCGUGCUGAUAAUACUGCUGGUUUUGGUCUUGGUACUGUAG